AACCCUAGAUUUCUGUCUCUAACCACCCUUCUCUUCACCCUCUCUUCCCCUUCCCCUCUCAUUUCCCUAAACCCUAGUCCAUCAAUCCCAUCCACUGCUCCUCUCAAUGGCUGUUGCUGCAGCUCGACCUCUGGUCACGAUCCAGCAGCUGGAUGGCGACAUGGCCACCGACGGCGGGAACUCCAUUCCCCUCCCCGACGUCAUGAAGGCGUCAAUCCGCCCAGACAUCGUUAACUUUGUUCACGCCAACAUCUCCAAAAACAGCCGCCAGCCCUACGCCGUCAGCAAGCGCGCCGGUCACCAGACCUCGGCCGAGUCAUGGGGUACCGGUCGUGCCGUUUCCCGUAUCCCUCGUGUCCCUGGUGGUGGUACUCACCGUGCCGGUCAGGGUGCCUUCGGUAACAUGUGUCGCGGUGGGCGUAUGUUCGCUCCCACCAAAAUCUGGCGCCGCUGGCACCGAAAGAUCAAUGUCAACCAGAAGCGAUAUGCUGUUGUCUCUGCUAUUGCCGCAUCUGCAGUGCCCUCUCUUGUGCUGGCUCGUGGCCAUCGCAUUGAAAACGUUCCAGAGAUCCCUCUGGUCGUUGGUGACUCUGCCGAGGGGGUUGAAAAAACAUCCGCGGCUAUCAAGAUGUUGAAGCAGAUCGGUGCUUAUCCCGACGCUGAGAAGGCAAAGGAUAGCCAUGCGAUCCGGCCUGGAAAGGGUAAGAUGAGGAACCGCCGGUACAUUUCUCGCAAGGGACCUCUCAUUGUUUAUGGCACGGAGGGUUCCAAGGUCGUGAAGGCCUUCCGUAACAUUCCUGGUGUCGAAGUCGCCAAUGUUGAGAGGCUUAACCUACUUAAGCUUGCUCCUGGUGGGCAUCUUGGUCGGUUCAUCAUCUGGACAAAGUCUGCUUUCGAGAAGUUGGAUUCUGUUUAUGGAUCGUUCGAGAAGGCAUCGGAGAAGAAGAAGGGGUAUGUGCUGCCUAGAUCGAAGAUGUUUAAUGCUGACUUGUCGAGGAUCAUAAACUCUGAUGAAGUUCAAUCUGUUGUGAGUCCGAUCAAGAAGGAGGUUAAGAGGGCGCCGCUCAAGAAGAACCCGUUGAAGAACCUCAAUACCCUCCUGAAGCUCAAUCCAUACGCGAAAACCGCAAGGAGAAUGGCUCUUCUGGCCGAGGCCCAGCGCGUGAAGGCAAAGAAAGAGAAGCUCGACAAGAAGAGGAAACAGAUACCCAAGGAGGAGGCUGCUGCAAUAAAGGCCGCAGGCAAGGCAUGGUAUCAGACGAUGAUUUCAGACAGUGAUUAUACCGAGUUCGAAAACUUUUCAAAGUGGUUGGGGGUUACUCAGUAAUUAUUCUAGGCUUUCGGUUUUGGAAUUUUGUUAGAAGGCUGUUAUGUUAUUUGGUUCCGGAUUUGCUACCUUUAAUUCCAUACUUUUUCAUUUCUUCUUUUCGAGUCAGGAUGAUGACCCUAAGGGGUGGGGGGCUGAGGUCUGAAAUAAGAGUUCGAUUUUUGCUAAAUAUAGCCUUGUCUCCUCAUCAUGGUCCCUUUUUUCGGUUUCAGUAAUUUGGGACAGAUUAGAAUAUGUAGUGCGAGUGAGUAAAAGCUAGUUUAUUAUCUGUUUUUCUUUUCAAAUUCAUAUGGUAGAGAUUCACUGAAUCCUUAAGUCUCGAUUACAGGGAAGAUAUUAUGUAUGUUUGGUUACA